UGGAUUUUUUCCCCUCAGAUUAUUAUCCAAAGGGGAUCCACGCAAAUGUGUGGACGGAAGUGUGAGAGCUACUGUACAGUAUAACAGUUCGCGUAUUUUAACACAAAUUAUUCGACUUUUAGCAUUUGCCAGUUAUUUCCACGUCAAUAUUGAUAUUUGUAUGUAUGUUCUUUUAAAGGCGUGGUUAAUAGCCGGAACAGCAACUGGCCGCGUAUAUUUGCAAAUAACAGACAACAGAUGUUGACAGCUGUCGCUUGGACAUGGUGCUUUGACAAGUGAUGUUACAUCUCCAGUAUGGAGUUUUUUAUAUUUUAUUUAUUCCUUUUUGCUCCAUUAUCUGUCCGUUGUGCGGUGACGCCAGUAUCUGUUGAAGAAGACCUGAGGAGUCGGGAAGAGGCGCAAGAAUUUGAUACGCUCAGCUCCUUACUGUCAGACUUUGAGGUUCUUCCUGCAUCAAGUCUGCAUCUUCAUUCGCUCAAAAAAAGGGACGUUGAUCCCCAAUCUCAUGUCGACCGGCUGGUCAGCUUCACAGCACUCGAAAGGCACUUCAAGUUGUACUUGACAACCAACACAGAACUCUUCACAGAGGACUUGAAGGCUGUAUUUGUAGACAAGAAUGGAAAUGAGGACCAAUAUGAAGUUCAGUUACAGAAUUACUUCAAAGGACAUGUAGUAGGAGAGGAGCACUCGCGUGUGCAGGCACACAUUGAUGGAGAUGAGUUUUCAGCCCAUAUUCUCACCAAUGAGGCAGAGUAUAAUGUAGAGCCUUUGUGGCGAUUCACAGAGAAACCCGCUGAUGGACGUUUGCUGGUGUACCGCUCAGAGGAUAUAAAGAACAUCAGUCGACUGUCAUCAUCUAAAGUGUGUGGAUAUGUGAACACUAAUGCCGAGGACAUGUUGCCACUGGAGGCCAGAGCAGUUGGUCAUGAAGAGGAUGAGGAGGAGCCACAUGACAGAGAGAAGAGAUCUUUGUCGAACCACGGCAAGAAAAACACCUGCACUCUGCUGUUAGUGGCGGACUAUCGUUUCUUCAAGCACAUGGGCCGUGGAGAGGAGAGCACUACAAUAAACUACCUGAUUGAACUGAUAGACAGAGUGGAUGAUAUUUACAGAAACACUUCCUGGGACGAGGAGUUUAUAGGCUACGGUGUGCAGAUUCACCAGAUUCUCAUAAACAAGGAGCCCACAAAAGUUGGACCAGGAGAAAUUCACUACAACAUGAAUGGUAGCCCAUCAGGAAGAAAGGAUGGUGUGUGGGAUGUGAAGAAACUUCUAGAACAAUUCAGUUUUGACAUCGCAGACAAUGCCUCUGCGGUCUGCCUCGCUCAUCUUUUCACCUAUCAGGACUUUGAUGAUGGCACUCUGGGUCUUGCGUAUGUGGCUCCUUCCAAACCAAAUGGAUUAGGUGGACUCUGCCCUAAACCCUAUAAGCCAUCACACUCCCAUAAAGGGAAGGACUAUUACCUGAACACUGGCCUAACUAGCACUAUGAAUUAUGGGAAAACUAUUCUGACCAAGGAAGCAGAUCUUGUGACCACCCAUGAGCUUGGUCACAACUUCGGAGCAGAACAUGAUCCAGACAACAUUCCUGAUUGUGCUCCAAGCGAUGACCAGGGUGGAAAGUAUGUCAUGUACCCCAUUGCAGUCAGUGGAGAUCAUGACAACAACAAGCGCUUCUCCAGCUGUAGCAAGUCCUCGGUCAUUAAGUCUUUAAAAAUGAAGGCCCAGGUGUGCUUUAAGGAGAGGAACAGGAAGCUGUGUGGUAACUCUCGUGUGGAAGAAGACGAAGACUGUGAUCCUGGACUCCUUCAUCUCAGCAAUGAUCCCUGCUGUACAUCUAAUUGCAAAUUCAAACCAAAUGCCCAGUGCAGUGACAGGAACAGCCCCUGCUGUAAGGGCUGUCAGUUUGAAAAUUCAGAGAAGAUCUGUCAGGAGAACAUCACUGCCACCUGCAAGGGCAUAUCAAAGUGCACAGGCAACAGUAGUGAGUGCCCUCCCCCUGGAAAUCUGGCUGAUGAAACAGUGUGUGUGGAUAAGGGCCGCUGUCGGAAUGGUGAAUGCAAGCCUUUCUGUGAGGCUGUGCAUAACCUUGAGUCCUGUGCCUGCAAUGAAACUGAGAACUCAUGCAAAGUCUGCUGUCGAGAUAAGUUUGGGCUGUGUACUCCUUUUUCUACUGGUGAAGGGAAGUAUCUUUAUCUGCGCAAGGGCAAACCCUGUACUGUUGGCUUCUGUGACGGGGCCGGUAAAUGCAUGAAGCAGGUGCAGGAUGUCAUUGAACGUUUAUGGGACUUCAUAGACCGAUUGGAUAUCAACACAUUUGGAAAGUUCUUGGCUGACAACAUAGUUGGAUCAGUGGUGGUUUUCUCUCUACUUUUCUGGAUUCCUCUCAGCAUACUGGUGCAUUGUGUGGACAAAAAACUAGAUCAACAAUAUGAGAAGGACUCCAAAUCCUUCUUGUACCCAAGUCAGCAGAUGGUGGUGGAGGUGUGUAGUAGAGCCCUCAACUCAGAAGUUAGAGAUGCCGAGUGGUCCGGAGUCAACUCCCAUCUGCAUUCUGAGACCCCCUCAUCUGGUUUCAUUAACACCACGACAUACGGGCCCCGUCGUUUCACCAUCACAGGAGACGUUUACCGCCCAAAGCCCAACCAGCCUCUCCGGCGCACCCAGAGCAGAUCUGCAGCGAAUGGACACUAUCGAGGAGCAACCCAGCGGAGACUCCUCUCACCAGGACGAGGAGAUGCAGGAGGAAAGCUUCCCUCUGAGCGGCACAGCUGCCAGGUCCUUCGAGGACCUCACCGCACAGGGAACGCCAACACACGGGGACAAGAGACGGCUGAAGAGGCAAGCGCGCAUUGAAAGUAAGGAGACUGAGUGUUGAGGACUGCUCAUAAGUAUAUGCACCCUAAAGAAUUGUGGAUGAUUCAAGGUCACUAGAUGGGUUCCUUUGGUAUAUUAUAUGCACUUAAUUAAGCCUUAAUUUGAUUUUGGUGCAGUCAGGCCUAUUUUGUACACUAAAAAAAUUAUUUAUUCAAUUUACUCAAUUUUUUAAGGUAAGUGGUCACAAUCAAUUUAUUUAAGCUACAUUUAAACAACAACAAAAAAUUUGAAAAACUGUUGCUUAAAUAAAUUGAUUGCAACCACUUACCUUAAAAAAUUGAGUAAAUUGAAUGAAUAAUUUAUUUCAGUGUAGAUGUACUUGUGAUUUAAAGUGUAUGAGGUUCGUUUGUUCUUAACAAACCUUUAUUAUAAAUAUGUGGUCACCUAAAUAAAUAAAAAUCUCAGACAGCCAAGAUAAACUACUGAAGUCUAGUAAAAUGUAAAAAAUGAAAGACGUGUUAAAUACAGCAUAUCGAGACAGCAUUGAUGCUGUUUACCACAGUUUAAAUGUGUACCUUUGAUUUGUAAAAGCAAGCAAAAGUGAUGCAGACGAUGACGAAAGUUUAAUGUUGACACGGUUCCAAUGUGGUUUGUUUGCUUUUAUAAACAGAGUAAAAAUUUUUUUGUGCUACACUGAAAACAAUGAUUCAUUCAAUUUACUUCAUUUUUUAAGGCAAGUGGUUGCGAUCAAUUUAUUUAAAGGUGCAGUGUGUAAAUUUUAGCGAUGUCUAGUGGUGAGGUUGCGAAUUGCAACCAACGGCUCAGUUCACUGCUCACCCCUUGCUUUUAAAACGCAUAGAGAAGCUACGGUAGCCGCCACCGGAAAAACAUGUCAACUUCGGUGACAACUUAGUAAAAAAGCUUGUCCGUAAGGGCUUGUGUAGAAACAUGGCGGCACAAAAUGGCGACUUCCACGUAAGGGGACCCUCUGUGUUUGUAGAUAAAGCGCCUCAUUCUAAGGUAAUAAAAACAUAAC